GACCAGAGCGACCAGGACAUCGCCACCCCUCAACCCCGUCUCUCCGACCCUUACCCCGGGGCUUUCACCGACUUCUAUGGCCUGCCCAGCAACCCUCGCUGCGUCUUCAAAACCGGAAAAGCCUGGUUUGUUCGCACGGGCCCCGAAGCCCAGCGCAUUCUGCGAGAAGCUCGCCCCGUCUGCGACCAGGCAAUGCAAGACCGCUGGCUCGAGAUUGGCCAGCUCAUCUACAAGCACCUCGACUCCCGCGACGUGGAAUGGUCGUCGAUUGACCCCGUCCGUUUUGCCGAGGCAGGGAAAGAGGAAGUCAGCGUGCUCCAUCUCUGGAUAGGAGUGAUCCCCAGGACUCUCGCCUUCGGGGCAGCCAAGGAGGUAGCUAAGGGCUGCGAGGAUAUUCUGAUUCGAGAGGGGUUUCCCGACGUCGAGGUUGCAUUCCGCGAUUCUGUUGUCACCCAGUCUGUCGGCCCAAAGCUUCUCUCCUUCAUCCCCUUCUCCUUCGUCCCCGAGCUUCGUAGCCCCUUCACUCCCACGCUUGGCAUCCAGGUUCCUCCGUUCAAAACACCUUACUUCGAGGACACGGGUGCCGUCUACCUCCGAGAGGGCAGUCAGAGCGACCGCGUCUUCCUUCUCACCACCAACCACGUCGCCCGCCCGCCUCCCGUACACCGUAACCACCCCCUAUCUCAUGAGGAGAUUGUCGUUCUUGGUACCAAUGCCUACACCAAUGCCAUCAAUCGUAUGAUGAACACUAUCGAAGACAAGUUUGUCUCCAUCAAGUUAUGGAACAAGGCGAUUGAGAGGUUGGAUCCGCUCGUCGAGGGCGAAGCGCCCGACAGGACUGACAUGCGCAAGCACUAUGAGGACUUGGUGAAGACGGCGAACAAGAGGAUCGAGCACGUAAACAAGAUCCAUGACAAGGUCACCAAGCAUUGGACGACUCCGAACCAGCGCGUGAUCGGUUACGUUGUCUACGCCCCUGCCAUUGCCGUCGACGACGGCCCCAAGCACUUCACACGGGACUGGGCCCUGAUCGAUCUCUACCGCGACAAGAUCGACUGGGACACUUUCCAGGGCAACAAAGUUUAUAUCGGUACGUUUUUAUUUUAUAUUGGCAACACCAUGCACCCUCACCCUGAGAGCCGGUCCAACUUCAAGUAUCCCCCCGACGGGCUCCUUCAGGUCAGAGGAGCCGCAAAGAACGACGAGAUCCGCAAGCCGGAGCAGCUCGAUGCCAACGGCGAGAAAUGGUUGAUUGUCAUCAAGAACGGACAGACCACAAGCCCCACUCUCGGUCGCCUCUCCGGCAUGGAGUCGUUCGUUCGCACCUACUCCGAGUACGAUAUCAAGAAUACGUCCAUCGAGAUUGCCGUACACUCUUACAGCAACGAGGACGGCGCCUUUUCUGCUCCCGGCGACUCUGGCUCCAUAGUGGUCGACUCGAAGGGCAGGGCUGUCGGAAUGCUCGUCGCCGGUACCGGCGCGAUUGAACGGACUGACGUCACCUACCUCACCCCCUACUGGUGGAUCGAAGAGCAGAUGAAGAAGGUGUUUCCCUGA